AUGUUUGGACCUGCUGAUCUUAAGCUGUACGGCACGGCCUUCCUGCUGAUCCUGGGGGUGCUCGCCAACGUCUUUAACCUCGGGGUCAUGCUGGUGCAGCAAUGGAGGUCCGGAGGUGUAAAAACCGUGGCUGCCGUUAUCUGCUUCAUCUCGCUGGGCAACGUCUUGCUGCAGAUCUCCACCUUCGUGCUCGUGGCCGCAGUCUGGGCCGGGGUGCUCUGCGGGCCGGACUUACCUUUCUUCUUCUGUGUCGUCCUUUUCGCGUGGCUCAGCAGCAGCUCUGUCAGCUUCUGGUCUGUUGCCUGGCUGAGCGUCCUUUAUUGCAUGAGGGUUUUGAGCUUCUCUUCAGUUCUCUUCAGAGCUCUCAAGGAGAACAUCUCAACCAUCCUGAAUGUUGCCCUGGUGGUGACCUUACUGACCUCCUGCGUCAUGUUCUCCCCUUUCUUCUACCUCCAUUUCCGAAGCAAAACUCUUGUUCUAAACAUGACGGAAAAGGCUGCUUGCGUCAUCAGGAAACCUCUGUUCCCCCCCUGGGUCGAUGUAAAUGUGUAUGUGAUCAUCUUCAUCUGCUACCUCACCCUGAUGCCCUUGAUGAUCAUGCUUUCGACUUCACUGAGGCUGGUCGUCUACCUCUGCAAACACACCUUGUCCAUGCAGAAGAAGCAGAGCAGCUCUCCCACAGCAGAGUCCUACCUGCUCGUCUGCAGGCUGACAGUGGCUCUGGUCUGGGUUUACCUCACCACGCUGCUCACCAUCUCCCUCUACUAUUUCCAUGCUAUCUUUGCUUCGGGGCUGAGCGCAGACAUGCUCUUCCUAGGCUUGUCGUUUUAUUGCGUUGCUUCUGCGAGCCUCCUCACCUGUUCCAACAAAAACCUGAGAGAGAAGCUCAGAGGGUUCUGCAGGGGGAAGAACACAAACACACUGACCAGGAGUGCUGAAGAUAAGAGUGGAGUAACAGCAACCGUUUGA